ACAUGCGCAGAGGCGGAGCCCAGAGAAACUACAUUUCCCACCACACCUGGGGCUUUGCAGGGAGCUCCCCCCCCGCGGGUUUCAGGCUCCGGCAGCCCAGCUGGGAGGGGCCCAGAGCCGGGGGGGGCCGGGAGAACAAAGGAGGACGGACCGUGUGUGCGAUCAGCUCCCGCCCGUGGAAAUGCCCCGCUGCAGCCCGCGGCUGUGAGCAGAAGGGUCUGUGCCGGGGGGGGGGACCGUCCUUAACCCCCCCGCCCGGGCCCCGCUCCCGCUGGAGCCGCCCUGGGGCCGCCCCGGGCUCCGCCCGCCCCGCUGCGGCGCUGCAGCCUCCAGGCAGGCUGCAGAAUAAUGUCCCCGUUUCACUCCAGAUCAUCCCAUCCUCCCAGGGGGAAGGAAAUGGCUGCAAUGGAGCUGGCUCAGGGGCCGGUGACUUUCGAGGAGGUGGCUGUGUAUUUCACCAAGGGGGAGUGGGCUCUGCUGGACCCCACUCAGAGAGCCCUCUACAGGGACGUCAUGCAGGAGAACUAUGAGACGGUGGCCUUGCUGGGGUUUCCAGUUUCCAAACCUGAUGUGAUCUCGCAGCUGGAACGAGGGGAAGAGCCGUGGGUCCCAGACCUCCGGGGCUCUGAGAAAGAAGUGCUCCCGAGAGCUGCCUGCACAGGUGAUGGGAUGGUGACUGAGAAUGAGGAGGAGACACCCCAGCAGGAAGAUGCUGAGCAAGUAGAACCCCAUGGAACGUUAUCAGGAAGAUCCAAAGGGAAUGUUUCUGGGAGUUGUGCAUUUCCAGAAAAAUCAAAAGCCUGUGAGACUCAGCAGAGGCCAGAGGAAAACUUGAGUAGCCACUCAGACCUUAUUACACGUGAGAGAAUCAACUUGGAAGAGACACGCUACACAUGCCAUGAGAGUGGGAAAAGCUUUCAUGUCAGCUCGGACCUAUUCACACAUCAGAGAAUGCACAGAGAAGAGAGACCUUACAUGUGCUCUGAGUGCGGGAAAAGCUUUAGUCAGAGCUCCGCCCUUAUCACACAUUGGAGAAUCCACACGGGAGAGACGCCCUACACCUGCUCGGAGUGCGGGAAAAGCUUCAAUCAGAGCUCACACCUUAUCACACACAGGAGAAUUCACACGGGAGAGACACCCUACAGAUGCUUGGAGUGCGGGAAAAGCUUCAGUCAGAGCUCUGCCCUGAUCACACAUCAGAGAAUCCACACGGGAGAGAUGCCCUACACCUGUUCUGAGUGCGGGAAAAGCUUCAAUCGUAGCUCAGCCCUUAUUAGACAUCGGAGAAUCCAUACGGGAGAGACGCCCUACUCCUGCUCUGAGUGUGGGAAGAGCUUUGGUCAUAGCUCAGCCCUUAUCACACAUCAGAGAACCCACACUGGAGAGAUGCCUUACACAUGCUCUGAGUGUGGGAAAAGCUUCAGUCAGAGUGCAAACCUUAUUAGGCAUCGACGAAUCCACACGGGGGAGACUCCGUACACGUGCCCGGAGUGUGGAAAAAGCUUCAAUCAGCGCUCAGCCCUUACCACACAUCAGCGAAUCCACACGGGAGAGAUGCCCUACACGUGCCCUGAGUGCGGGAAACACUUCAGUUAUAGCUCAGCCCUCAUCACACAUCAGCGAAUCCACACGGGCGAGACGCCCUACACGUGCCCUGAGUGCGGGAAGAGCUUCAAUCGGAGCUCAAACCUGAUCACGCAUCAGAGAAUCCACACCGGCAUGUCAUCCUACACCUGCUCUGAGUGCGGGAGAAGCUUCAGCCACAGCUCAGCCCUUAUCAGACACCGGAGAAUCCACACCGGCGAGACGCCCUACACGUGCUCGGAGUGCGGCAAAAGCUUCAAUCAGAGCUCAAACCUGAUCACACACUGGCGAAUCCACACUGGAGAGACGCCUUAUACGUGCUCGGAGUGUGGGAAAAGCUUCAGUCACAGCUCAGCCCUGAUCACACAUCAGCGAAUCCACACGGGAGAGACGCCCUACACAUGCGCGGAGUGCGGGAAAAGCUUCAGUCAGGGCUCAGGACUUACUAGACAUCAGAAAAGCCACAUGACACAGUACUAUAACAAAUGCCUCGACUAGGGCUGGCCAAAGGUUGUUUUUUUUUAAUAUCCCAUUUGCUAGUUCCCACAUAGUGAUCUGUGCACCGUCUUCACCGUGGUCUCGCAGCUCUCCCAGAUGAGUCGCCUGCUUCUGCCUUGUGCAGCUCACCCUUCUUUGGGGUCAGUCCUGUGAUUCUUUUCUAUCAGCUCCUUUCCUUUUGAGUCGUAGGAGUGUUUCUCUCUCCUGCCAAGAAUGUCCAUCAGCCCCAGGAGAUGGGGGCAGGGGGAAGGUUUGAUCCGAACAAGCUACACUGAGGCAAAAUCUACCUGUGCCUUACAUCCACUAGGGCUGUACAUGGCUUUGGCUCCUCACGUGAGAGAUCUUGGUGUGAAAAGACAAUUCUAGUGGUAGAGCAGAGGCAGCCCAGGUGCAGUGGUUGUCAUUAGCUUUCCCCUUGACCUGACCUAAACUCCAUCACUUUUCCUAGUCUAAACAAACCCUGAGCAUCAUGGUUAUACUGUUCCCCCAUUUCAAAGCAAUUGUUAGUCAUUUAUUUCUCCCUUUGGGGGCAAAUUGUCUCCUUCCCAGUUGCUCUGAUGUUGCUUCGGGUUGCCUUGGAGAGCAGAUAUCUUUUCUACCAUUUUCCUCGUUUGAAAUAUAUUGAACUAUAACAAAGAGCAGGAACAGAGCUAGGGGAAAAUGUCAUUUACCCUCUGAAUCAGAGGGAUUUCCUGCUUCCCCCUCACCAUCACUAUGCUCCCUCAGCCCAGUAGCUUUAGCUUCUGUGUCAACCACAAUAGAGUUUAUCCUCCCCAUACGCUAUCUCCCCACCUCCCAUGCCAUAUGAUGCAGUGUUCCCUGCGCUCUGUGCUAGGAACCACACUUUGAGUCUCAAUCAGUCUUCUUGGGGCUGGGGACUCAAGUGUCACAGAGCUGGAAGGGAAAUCUGAGUGGAUCCCGAAUACAGGGUAUUCAUUCUAUCCCUGUUUCUAUCUAUUUGCAAAGCUGCUUCUGAACUUUUCCCUGCUCAUCUGGGAGUUUUGUUUACAGACGGGAAGGUUGGCUGUUUUUUCCCUGUUAGGGUGAUGUGAAAUGUCUUGUAAAUAACAUGACUUAAUAAUAAUAAUAAUAAGGUGAUGUUGCAUGAAGAAGAUUUGAAUACAUCGGAGGAAAAUGCAGUGCAAGAUUCUGUUCUUAUUUUGAGUCAUCAGAUGUAACCUGCUCUGGAAUGUGAUUUUAUAUGAAACUGAAAGUGUCUUAAUUACUCCUGGAGGAAUUCUGCACCACUGUACACGUGCAGACAGAAUUCCCACAGGCAUAUCUUACGCUCCUCAGUGUUGCAGGUUUCUCUCUCUUUCCUGAAUGCCAUUUGGUUACGUAAUUGCAUAUUCAUUCUAUUUGGAAGCCUGUCACUCAGAUUUGCUUGGGACUUUGAGACAAGAGAACAUUUACUAAAACAGUCAUUUCUUCUUAUGUUUUUUUCUUUCCCUCACCCCUCCAGGGUGCCCUGGGGGAAGCUCAAGUGCAGUUAGGUCAUCAGGAGUGAAUACUGCACUCUGUUGGACAUGCUACCAAGGAGACAGUAGCACUUCUAAUUUCCAUUCUGAAAUGGUGAAAACCAGCAAAUCACAAAUUGUGGAAGUAACUGCAUGCAAUCACACUGCUGUUCAGUUGGUUAAGUCAAUAUUUUUUCUAAAGGGCUGGGAAGAGGAUUCCCUAGUAAGUGACUUGUAACUAAGCAAAACACCCAGGCAUUUGGCUCCCAAAGCAGUGGUGGCCCAGGCCCUGCAAGAGGCUGCUCCUGAAGAUCUCUCCUUCUUAAUCAGGUGAAUUUUGCCUAUUAUUUUGGAAAUGCAAUCCGUGUCUAGGUAGAAAGAGAUAAAAUGGAUGAUAUUUCAGUUGAGCUCACCAUGGGAUAUACGGCAAAUGUAUAGAAAAUCAAAUCCAUGUUGAAUGUGAUGGAGCUGCAGAAAGGUACCUAUUUUUAAUAGAUACCUGACAUUUGGUGUCUUACAGGGAUUCUGAGCCACACCUGUAUCUGUUCCCUAACUUAAAUGCGUGCCAUCAGAUUAAAGAAAGCAAUGGGCAUAUUUGCGGGAGUUAUACCUCACUAUUUCAACUUUACAUGCAGUGCUGAUCCCAGUGAGCACAGUUUUGAAGUCAAAACAGGAAUAUGUCAGGGGUGUGUCAUGUCUGCAAUCCUCUUCAACAUUGCCAUCGACUGGGUAAUGUGAUGUACAACAGAAGACAUGCCAAAAGGCAUUAACCUUCUCAUCCCUUGAAGACCUGGACUUCGCAGAUCAUCUUGCUCGUCUAUCACAUACCCAACACUGUAGACAGGAAAAAACAAUUUGGCUCAAUGCAUUCAGCCAGGAAAUUGGACUGAAAAUCAACCACAAUAAGAUGGAUAUCAUGACCUUUAAUAUUGCCUCACCAUCACCAGUACGGAUAGAGGAUCAUGUUCUCACCAAUGUAGAAACAUUCACAUACUUGGGCAGCACCAUCAGGCAGGACCGUGGCGCAAGCCAGGACAUCCGGAACAAAAUCACGAAAGCCAGGAACACAUUCAGGAGCUUAAAUACAGUCUGGAAAUUAUCAAAAUACAACACCAAAACCAAACUCCAUAUCUAUCAGAGCUGUGUACUUUCAACCUUACUUUAUAGUGCAGAAUGCAGGGGAAUGAGAAAGUAUGACAUGUCCAAACUGUCUUCAUUCCAAACAACCUGGCUCAGAAAAAUCCUCCAUAUCUUUAGUCCUUGAACAAUCUCAAAUCAAGAUCUAUUGACACAGUGCAGCCAAGAGGAUCUGAGCACCAUCAUUCCCAGGAGGCGUUGGAGAUUGGCCAUGUGCUUUGGAAGGAAACUGAUUCCAUCACCAGAAUAGCAAUAAGAUGGACACCUGAUGCAAGCAAGAGUGAGGCUGCCCAAAAACAACAUAGCAAAGAGCUGUGGAAGUUGAGCUGAAAAACCUGAGGCACAGCUGGGGAACUAUUGAAAGACUUGCCAGAAACAGAGAGGAGUGGAGGAGCUUCCUUCUGAGCAAUUCCGUGCCUAUGGGUCCCAAUCUGGCUGCCUUGUUGGACAAGAAGCACUUCCAUGCUGGGCAAAUGAUGGUAGCCAAUGAGGGAAUGUAUCAGAUUCCAAGGUCAGACUUUGCAGGAUAUAUGAAUGCUAAGUCCAGAAUCUGUGGUUUGGUCUCUUAGUUUUGCUAUUAAGUCUAAUGCAAUUAUAUCAUUUCUCCUCCUGCUGCUACUUUGAAAGAUUAGAAAGUGUGAAAAUAGAGCACAGGUGGUUUUUCCUCAUGAUGCAGCCUUCCCAUGUAGUGUGAGACCCCCUUCCACCCAAACUUAUGGGAGAAGAUCCAGGGAGAAAUGAACUCUCAGAAAUGGAAGGCUCCUAGCUUAUGGUAGAAUGUGACUUCACACAGAGCUGACUGGGUGGAAAUGGGAAUUAAGAGAAAACUGCCCUAUCUGUUUAUAUUUUGUAAUCUUUGAAUAAGUUGUUACCAGCAACAAUGAAAUUAAACAUGAAGUUAAUUAGUAUAAAGUAAGAGGCUGAUUAUGUGAUAACCUGAAUUAUAUUGUAACAGUCAAAGUUUCCUUCUUGUUCUCUCCCUUCCCCCUCCUACUACAUAGGAAACGGUGGCUAAUCCUGAAAUUAAAAUCUCGCUCCAAAGGAAUUAGAGUGGGGGAAUAUGUGAGAGAAAUAGCAUGUACGAGAAUAGAGACCCAGUAUAGACUGUAAUUAUUUAUUUUUCAAAUGGAAUUUAUUUUGAUAAGCUUUAAAAUAAAUCUUCUGUUGAGAG